GCCCCCGCGAGUAAGACGUUCUAUGACAAUCAACAAUCGUUGUGCGGAUCGUCGCCACUGGCGUGACGCGCGCGUUCGAGUUACGCGCAUGGCGAUGAGCUUUGUUGUUGAAUGUCACAACACAUCUCCCUAGGCGCCAGCGUCCCGCCUUCCAGCGGGGCAGUGCCGGGUUUAGCGGUCGCCCUCUCGGGGGAGGGUGUAUUCCCGCAAAGAGUGAGCGAGUGGCGAACGAGAGAGAGGCAAGUCCAGGUGGCUUAUAUACCGGCAUCGCCAACGCGCAAAGCACGACAGCGGAGUUCACGGCACAGGGGUGAAAGCGAGAAGGUGGAAUGGAUCAAGACGUUUUUCCUCCCAAGAUCAGCUCGCUGCUGAUGACGGCGGAGCCACACUACAUCCCCGGGUACCGCGGCUACUGCCCCCAGUACAAGUACAACGUGGGCAGCACCUACGGGCAACAGACGGGCCAGCUGCUGCGUGACCCUGCCGUGGCUCACUCGGAUAAACUGGUGCUGCAGAGUGGGCAGCCUAUCCAGCCGCGACCCCCACCGGGACCUCCUGGUCACCAGCGCAUGUCGCAGAGACGCCCGGUGUCCGACGUUCAGAAACUGACAGCCAGCAUGGUGCCUGGAUACACGGGGUUCAUCCCACGAGCCGAGUGCUUCUUCUCGCACACGUACGCGGACACGUGUCGCGAUGCGCUCCGUCUCUUCGAGAAGGAGCAGCGAGUGGCGACCAAGCGGCACCUGCAGACAACUUCCCUCGACGGGGAGACCGGGUUGCGGACUCAAACCUAUGCUUCAGCAGGCGGCGGGGGUGGGAUCGAUGGUCGGUUCCACUCCAGGGCCAGUGUCGCUGAACGCAGAGGAGGCGAUUCGCCAAGCGACCGCGUCACUUUCAAGAUACCGAGCCGUCCGCUGACGUGCCUGGCCAAGGAGGUACCCCUGUACCGCUCGUCUCCUGCCCUCCGAGUCCUCAACUCCCCGUACAACAUGGACAGUGACGACCCCUACAAGUGGUUCAUGUCUGGAUACACGGGCUACGUACCACGCGAGCGCUUCCUGAUCGGGGCCGGGUACCCGGUCACGACGAACCGCGCGCUCCGAGAGUUCAGCUCCAAGCUGGACAGGACCAGCGCGUGGAGGGGCGGCACAAUGGCGCCGCUGUCCCCCUGGAGGCCCGACCUCCUGGACGGGAUGCGCCCGCACAGCCACCACGAAGGCAAGGCAGUGGCGACCUUGACGGCGCUGCCUGGGCACCUCCCCGACAUCGUGCAGCACAAGGGAGCGCAGCCACCCAGCAGGAAUGUCAUCUAUGCCCCGGACAUGGGCCUCAUCCCCAACUACACGGGCUACGUCCCAGGAUACAAGUUCCAGUAUGGACACACGUACGGCCAACUGACUGAGGACGCACUUGGGAUGAGCACCAUGCAGAAGGAGAUCCUUGCCAACUGAAGCAAAGCAAGGGCACCGCAGGCCGAGACAGCCGCCGUUUUAACCACUAGUAUUGUGCACAUGUGUGUGGCUUAAAAUGCAAUCAAAAUGUUUCAGGGUUAGAUUAUAAUAGCAUUUGAUAUUGCAUUUGCUGCUGAUGUUAGUCAGGGUUGUUGUUUUUUUAAUCUACGCUCACGCUGAAGAGAUUUUGUUCUGAUCUAAGACUAAGCCUGUACUUGUGACAGAUUUAGGUUCCGGAUGCAAAGGUUUGAUCCACACACGCAAACCUCAACUCAUGCACGACCAAAUGCAAUUGUUAACAAUACAGAGUUUCCUAAAUUUGCUAGGUCACAUUUUAAUUACAAAUUCAAACAUGCACUUGGAAGAAAAACAGCAAUACAAAACAACCGUCUUAAUAUCAAGACAAAGUGGCGUUUGCUUUUUUUUUUGCAAAACAUUUAACAUGCUUCCUUUUACGGAAGUCCUGCAAAUAAAGCUUAAAUGUUGGGCUCGUCGUGUCAAGAAUCUACUGUAGACACAGCCACCAAUAAGAUGUGAGCACACAGGAGAUUACGCAGUGGUGGACAGAUGGUGAGGUGAAGCGCGUGCACACACACACACACACGAGCCAACCAACGACUGCACGACAUAUAUCCAUUCUCUUCAGUCGAGCUCAAUGCUGGAAAUCAGCCUCAACGAUCCACCCGGGUCACUCAAUGGUGGUGCCGCCCUUACAAACGGCACUGUUUUACAUAGGAAGCACCGGCACUUGUCAGCUAGGAGUUUAACGGUUCACCUCUGCACACAAUUUGAUGAUUUGUUGUGAUUAGAUGAAUAAUACAUUUUUUUGUUUUACUCUGUGGUCAAUGUAGCAGCCACUGGUGGCUGCAGGGGCUCAUGUGAACUAAUUGAAACCUAAUUAAACAUUUUCAGCCCUUUCUCAAUUCA